AUGUCUGUUGGUUUAUCAUUUCCUUGUGUGUGCCUCAUGUUCACUGAGAGUUUAACAGAUCUGGAGAAGAUACUGGAGGCGUCAUUAACAAAGUACUAUCAGCACAUUUUGGCCUUGGCAUUUGCUGUAAAAGAGAUCAAUGAGAAUGCCAACAUCUUACCAAACACCAGUUUGGGUUUCUACAUCAUCAACAGCAUAAACCUUGGAAGGAUGACUUAUAAGGCCACUCUAAGUUUGCUUUCUGCACAACAGACACUAAUCCCCAACUUCAGUUGUAAAUCCCAGAAGCAGCUUGUAGCGGUCAUUGGAGGACUUUUGUCUGAUAUCUCUGCUGAUAUGGCCACCAUUUUGAACAUCUACAAGACUCCACAGCUCACGCAUGGAUCGUUUUCCCGAGUACGGGAUGAGAAUCACCAAUUCCCUUUCUUGUACCAGAUGGUACCUAAUGAAGCCCAUCAGUACAGGGGAGUUGUCCGGUUACUUCACCAUUUUCGAUGGACUUGGAUUGGUCUCCUGGCUAUGGAUGAUGACAAUGGAGAUACAUUUUUGCAAAGAAUGAUGCCAAUACUCUCGGAGAAUAACAUUUGUUUUGCAUUCACGUUAAGAUUACCCCAAACAUCUUAUAUGGGAGAUAUGAUAGAUUUGUUUUUAAUGCAGUGGGAAAAAUAUACAGAUCUCAUGGACACAAAAGCCAAUGUAUGUUUUGUAUAUGCAGAAGUUCCUGCUAUUCUGGUUUUAAGAAUAAUGCUUUUUCAGGCACCCAUGUUUUCUUUACCUCCAGUAGGUAAAGUGUGGAUUGUUACAUCUCACUGGGACUUUGAAUCCGUCUCUAUCCAGGGAAUUUGGGAUAUAAGCAGUUUCCAUGGUGCCUUAUCUAUUACCAUUCAUUCCAACCAGCCCCCAGGAUUCCAAAAUUUCCUUCAGCUCAUAAGACCUUCCUGGUCUGAAAGAGACGGUUUUAUUCAGAACUUCUGGGAACAGGUAUUCAGCUGUUCCUUGAAAAUAUCUAAUGAGCAGGAGGACAAUCAAAGGUCCUGCACUGGUGGGGAGAGGCUGGGGACCCUUCCGAGUACUUUGUUCGAAAUGAGUAUGACUGGCCACAGCUACAAUGUAUACAAUGCUGUCUAUGCUGUGGCACACGCUUUGCAUGAUAUCCAUAUUUUUAGAUCCCAGUAUAGAAGAAUGAUAAAAGGAAGACACCUGGACUUCCAGAACAUAAAGACAUGGCAGUUCCAUAACUUUUUAAGGCGUGUUUUGUUCAAUAAUAGUGCCGGAGACACUAUGCGUUUUGAUAAAAAUGGGGAAUUAGUUGCAGUUUUUGAUGUUACUAAUUGGGUAACUUUCUCAAAUGGGUCAUUUGUUAGAGUAAAAGUUGGAAGAUUGGAUCCUCAGGCUCCUUCAGGCAAACAGCUUACCAUUAAUGAUGAUCAAGUUGUGUGGCAUAGAAGCUUUAAUCAGUUCGUUGAUGUUCAUUUUCUUCCUGUUUAUGGACAGGUGCUGCCCCUUUCUGAGUGCAAUGACCACUGUCGUCCUGGUUUCAGCAGGCAAAAGAAGGAGGGAGAGAAAUUUUGCUGCUAUGAUUGUGUUCCAUGUUCUGAAGGAAUGAUCUCUGAGCUAAUGGAUACGAAUGCCUGCAUCAAAUGUCCAGAAGAUCAGUAUCCCAGCAAGGGCCGCAAUCAAUGCAUUCCCAAGCGUAUAACAUUCCUUUCUUAUCAAGAACCAUUAGGAGCCAUCUUAGCCACCUUAGCUAUUUCUUUAGCCCUGAUCACAGUAUUUAUUUUUGGGAUCUUUGUGAGACACAGAGACACUCCCAUAGCCAGAGCCAACAACCACGGCCUCACCUACAUUCUCCUCGUCUCCCUCUUUCUUUGCUUUCUCUGCUCUUUGCUCUUCAUUGGACAGCCUGGAAAAAUGACCUGCCUUCUGCGUCAAAUGGCUUUUGGCAUUGUCUUCUCUGUGGCACUUUCCAGUGUGUUGUCCAAAACCAUCACUGUGGUUCUGGCAUUUAUAGCCACCAAACCAGGAUCCACGGUGAGGAAGUGGAUGGGGAAAAGACCAGCAAAUUCGAUCGUCCUUUCCUGCUCUUUUAUUCAAGGAGGCAUUUGUGUUUUCUGGCUGAGUAUUUCAGCACCGUAUCCAGACACAGACAUGAAAUCAUUGAAGGGGGAAAUUGUAUUAGAAUGCAAUGAGGGCUCAGUUCUCAUGUUUUACUGCGUCCUGGGCUAUAUGGGCUUCUUGGCCCUUGUUAGCUUUAUGGUGGCUUUCCUGGCCAGGAAGUUACCUGACAGUUUCAAUGAAGCCAAAUUUAUCACUUUCAGCAUGUUGGUCUUUUGCAGUGUUUGGCUGUCCUUUGUUCCGUCCUACUUGAGCGCCAAAGGGAAAUUCAUGGUGGCCGUGGAGAUCUUCUCCAUCUUAUCUUCCAGCGCUGGCUUACUGGGUUGUAUUUUUCUCCCUAAAUGCUACAUCAUUAUGAUGAAGCCUGACCUUAACAACAGAAACCAGAUGUUAAGGAGAAAAAAGUGA